GCACUACCAAUAUUCUGUUAUUUUGUCCUGGAUUUCAGAGACAGGUGUUGGAGGGAUCUAGAGGCCAGAAAAUGAUAAAUUGAAAAUCACAACGCUUUGUCUAUGCCAAACUUGUUCAAUAUAGUUCCUUUUGAUUGGCAGCUUUUCUUUAUUAUCCCUGUCACUACAACCAGAGUUUCUAUAAUUUAGGGAUGUCUAGAGUUAAAGUUCAACUUUUCAUAAAAUACAUAGUCUGUCAGUGAGCAUAGUGAUGGCUUAAAGAAAAAAUGCCACUUUUCCUGAAUAUAGGGGUAGUGAAUAUAGUUUUGUUUUAAUAAAUCAAAACUGUUUUCUUAAUCAUGUUACUGGAGCUCAUUUUUCUAUGUGCUGCAGAGAGCUGUGAAGCAGAGUUUUGAGAAAAAAUAUUUGUUGGCUUAUAUAUUUUUGGAUUUAGGAAACUUUAUAGUUAGCUUGUCUUGAUGUAACAUUUUGCUGCCUCAGAAUAAUACUUCAACUUCAUAUUCUUAUUUUCUAUGAUCUUUCUAUAAGCGGCAGCUAAAUAUGAGCCAGUUAUAUACUACAUUGUGCUACAGAGCAUACAUAAAGAAGUGACACAAAUGUACAAAAUAAAUAUGCUCUUGGAUCUUGUAUCUACCUAGUCACUUGUGCUGACAUUCACACACUAUAGCUUUUGCAAAAUUUAUUACUUCCACCUGCAAAAUACAGCUCAUCCCUAUUCUUCAUCUGUUUGUUUUUUCUUUCCACCCUUUCUUAUCUGUUCUCCUAGCCCAAUUAUUUUAUGUAUGUUUCUAUGUCUUUUGUCUUUGUUGAUAAUCUACCAUAAAAUUGUUUACUUUAGCUGCUGCCAACAUGCUGUUGAUAAGGAUAUUCCAAAUUAAAUGACCAACGUUUUAAGCGAAAAUUUUAAAAUUUUAUUUUCAUAAUUAAUAUCCAUUCAGCAUGAGUUAACAAUAAAAUGAAAUACAAUCAUAAUAUAAUGUUACCAAUUAUUUUUCAAGUAAGCAAUGGCACUGAUUUUUCCCUUUCAUAUUAGCUGUUGUUUAAGCUUUCUUUAUCUCUAGUGAGAAAAUUUGUUUCAAAAUAUGUCUGAUGAGUUUUUCGUUUGGUAAAACCUUGUUUCUAGUGUUUCCACGUUCUGUUGAAUCAUCCUCUUUGCUGAAUGCUAACUCACAUUAUUAUGCACAGACCUUUUGAUGGCAGACCAAUGUUUCAUUCUGAUUCAUUACUGCAGGCAUUAAUGCUACUUCCUACCAGAAGUCAUAAGAUUAAGAAACUACAGAAGAAGUUGCAUGAAUAGAAAGGCUCCAGGAAUUCAUUGCCUUCAACAGCUACAAAGGGAAACUAUGUUCCAGCUUCCUGUCAACAAUCUUGGCAGUUUAAGAAAAGCCCGGAAAACUGUGAAAAAGAUACUAAGUGACAUCGGUUUGGAAUACUGUAAAGAACAUAUAGAAGACUAUCGGACAAAACCAUUUUGCUGCAGUGCAUGUCCAUUUUCCUCAAAGUUCUUUUCUGCUUACAAAAGUCAUUUCCGGAAUGUUCAUAGUGAAGACUUCGAAAACAGGAUUCUUCUUAAUUGCCCCUACUGUACUUUCAAUGCAGACAAAAAGACUUUGGAAACGCACAUUAAAAUAUUUCAUGCUCCCAAUGCCAACACACCAAGUGGAGGCAUCAGCACUUUUAAAGAUAAAAACAAGCAUGAUAGCCUUAAACCUAAACAGGCUGACAGUAUAGAACAAGCUGUUUAUUAUUGUAAGAAGUGCACUUACCGAGAUCCUCUCUACGAAAUAGUUAGAAAGCACAUUUACAGGGAACAUUUUCAGCAUGUUGCUGCACCUUAUAUAGCAAAAGCAAGUGAAAAAUCACUUAAUGGAGCUGUAUCCUUGAGUUCUGGUUCCCGAGAAGAGAGUAUGAUUCACUGCAAACGAUGCCUUUUUAUGCCGAAAUCAUAUGAAGCUUUAGUACAGCAUGUUAUUGAAGACCAUGAGCGUAUAGGAUAUCAGGUGACAGCAAUGAUAGGCCACACUAAUGUGGUAGUCCCAAGAUCCAAACCUUUGAUGUUGAUUGCUCCAAAACCCCAGGAUAAAAAGCCUAUGGGACUUCCUCAGAGAUUGGGACCCCUAUCUCCUGGAAAUAUUCGUUCUCUUCCAUCACAGCAAAUGAUAAAUCGACUAAAUAUACCAAAGCCUACACUGAAUUCAGGAGUUAAUAUGAUGUCCAGUGUUCACUUACAGCAGAAUAACUAUGGAGUGAAAUCUGUACCACCAAGUUACGUUAGUCAUACAGGACGGCUAAGUUUAACUGGUAGUUCCCCAGUUUCUCUAUCCCAGCAGUCUCAAUCCAUGAAACAGUAUCCUCCCAGUGGAAAUGGGAGGCCGUACCCUCUUGGAGGAGAACCAAGACCACAGACCUCUGCAAGGUACUCUCUUCAAUCUGCCAACUCUUCUGCACUUUCAUCAGGUGCAUUGAAAUCACCAUUAGCUCAGUCUCAGGCAGCAUCCAGAGGCUUAGCCCAGUCCACGCCCAAACCUCUUGGAGCAAAUGCUACAGCUGCCGCCGCCGCCGUUGUUAAUACUUCAUCAACACAGAAAUGGAAAAUUUGUACGAUCUGCAAUGAGCUGUUUCCAGAAAAUGUGUAUAGUAUUCAUUUUGAGAAAGAACACAAAGCUGAAAAGGUGCCUGCGGUUGCUAACUACAUAAUGAAAAUACACAAUUUUACUAGCAAAUGUUUAUACUGUAAUCGCUACUUGCCAACUGAUACAUUGCUUAAUCAUAUGUUAAUUCAUGGCCUGUCCUGUCCCUACUGUCGCUCAACUUUUAACGAUGUUGAAAAGAUGGCUGCUCAUAUGCGAAUGGUUCAUAUUGAUGAAGAAAUGGGACCUAAAACAGAUUCCACUUUAACCUUCGAUUUGACAUUACAGCAGGGUAGUCACACCAAUAUACACUUACUUGUAACUACCUACAAUUUGAGAGAUGCACCUGCUGAAUCUGUUGCUUAUCACGCUCAAAAUACUCCUCCAGCUCCUCCAAAACCACAGCCAAAAAUUCAAGAGAAGGCAGAUCUCCCUGUCAAAAGUUCACCUCAAGCAGCAGUUCCGUAUAAGAAAGAUGUGGGAAAAACUCUUUGCCCUUUGUGUUUUUCCAUCCUUAAAGGACCCAUUUCUGAUGCACUGGCGCAUCACUUAAGGGAGAGACACCAAGUUAUUCAAACAGUUCAUCCAGUAGAGAAAAAGCUCACAUAUAAAUGUAUUCAUUGCCUUGGAGUGUAUACUAGUAACAUGACUGCCUCGACUAUAACUCUGCACCUUGUCCAUUGUAGGGGUGUGGGGAAGACACAAAAUGGUCAAGAUAAAUCUAAUGUUCCCUCUCGGCUAAAUCAGUCUCCAGGUACAGGACCUGUGAAACGUACUUAUGAACACAUGGAAUUUUCUCUUUUGAAGAAAAGAAAAAUGGAUGAUGACGAUUCGCCCUCAGUUUUCGAGGAAAAGCCUGAAGAACCUGUAGUACUUGCUUUGGAUCCCAAAGGUCAUGAAGAUGAUUCGUAUGAAGCCCGAAAAACAUUUCUCACCAAGUAUUUCAAUAAACAACCAUAUCCCGCUCGAAGAGAAAUUGAAAAGUUAGCAGCCAGUCUUUGGCUAUGGAAAUCUGAUAUUGCUUCACACUUUAGUAACAAAAGGAAGAAAUGUGUUAAAGAUUGUGAAAAGUUUAAAAUUGGUGUUUUGCUAGGAUUCAACAUGAAAGAAUUAAAUAAAGUGAAACAUGAAAUGGAUUUUGAUGAUGAAUGGCUGUUUGAAAACCACGAUGAAGAGAAUUCUAGAGUCAAUAUUAGUAAAACAGUUGAUAAAAAAAUACUCUUAGGUAAAGAUAUUGAAAGUUCUUCAGACAGUUAUGAAAAUAUAGAAGAUGAAUUCAAUGAAAGCAAUAGUCCUUUUGUAGAAGUUAUUUCUGAUCACAAACCAUCUAUAAUUAGUAUAAAUGAAAACAGAGAUGACAGCGUAUCUAAGGAGGCACCUUUGGAAGCCACGUUGGAGCCUCCAGAAAAAACAGACCAAAAAGAGAAUGGAGGAGAUUUGAAAAUCCAGGAAAGUUGCUCUGCAGCAGAACCAAGAAAGCAGGUGGCUAAUGGCUCAGACAGUGAAGGUGACCAAGAAGAUCAGGAUGAUGUUAUUGAAUGGAAAGAUGCAGCAUCGGCCUCUGAAAGUGGACCUGGUUCUCAACAGGCAUCUGACUUUGAAGAUAAUACAUCUGAAGUGAAGCCAGAAACUUGGACUGAUGAAUCAUCCCAAAGUGAAGAUGCUAAUAGUAAACCAGGUGCAGAAACUAAAUGUGUUGUCUCUGAGAGUGAUGGAGACCAUUCAAAAUGGAAGAAUAGUUCCUAUGGAAAAGUAGGUGAGUUUUGGUCCAAGGACCAGUCACAAUGGAAAAAUGCAACAGAAAUUAAAGAGAAGUUGUCAAAUCAACAGAUGGAGUGGCAAAAUAGCACAAUUGACAGUGAGGAUGGAGACCAGUUUGACAAUGUGACUGAUGGGGUUACAGAAUCAAUGCAUAGCAGCCUAACGGGAGUAGAGCUGAGUAGCCAGCAAGCAUAAAAGUCAGUCAACUCCAUGGCCUCAAUAUCUCCCAUUUGACAAUACUUUCAUUUAGCACGAAUGCUAAAGUUCAUUAUAACUGGUACUGCCUUUUGAGUGCAAGGUCAUCUGGCCAGUGGCUACAAAGCCACUAUUUCUAGUACUUAUUUCAAAGUAUGCUGUUGGCAAAUCUCACUUGAGAGUAUGUGCUGUGAUGAGCACAGUAACUUAAUGUGAAAACUGAUAUGCUGGUGGCUCCCAGUUCACUGAAGAAAAGGUUUAUUUUAUCGGCAUUUUCAACAUUUUAUUUCACUGUAUAUGUUCAGCUGUAUGUCUUUUUAAACAUUACCUUUUCCACAUGGUAGUUAUAGGGCCAACAUAAGAGCUACCAGUUCAAUGUGUAUAGUAGACUCUGGGAAAAUUGUUUUUUCAUGUAUCAUUCUGAAUAGUUGAAAUGUAUAUUUGUACAGUCUUUUAGACCUACUCAAGUGAUGCUUAUGCUAUUGUUCUUGUGUAUCCAUCAUAGAUUUGGUUCUUUCCCUUUCUUUUAGUGUUGCCCUGCUGUGUAAUAAAUGCUGUAUCUAGUUUACCUAGCAAAAAGCUUGAAACUGCUAUAGUAUGACUUUUGACAGACUUAGUUUUUGCACAUAACCUUGUACAAUCUCAAAGAGGCCAGCAACAUAAAAUAUAUCUGGACUCUUAAUGUAUUAUAGAAUUUUCUUGUUCUUGAAUAUCCUUGACAUUACAACUGAUGACUAUGAAUUUCAGAGACAUUUUCUGAAAUCUUUUAAGCUAAAAUCACAUGCAAGAAACAAGUUUGCAGCUACUAAUUUUGACACCUUUUAGAUCUGUAUAAAACUGUACUGUGUUAAAAGCAGCAUACGGAAAUGAGUGCUGCAUUUUUUUGGAUAUUUAGUUUUAUCUUUAGUUAACACCUCAUGGUGUUAUUCAUUUAUACCAUCUAAUAUAUGACACAUUGUUGUAGUAUGGAUAAUUUUGUGAUCUUUAUUUCCCCUUUGUAUUCAUUUAAACAUCUAAAUAAAUUGCUGUAUUGUGCUUAAUGUAAA